AUGUCAGCCAUGUUCCAGAGUGCUGUGAUCUACGACGAGUACGAAUUCACCGGCCACAACUCCGCUCUCGGUGCGGUGUGCUACAAUCGGCACCAGGACACCUUCGCGUCGGUGGAUGAAACUUGUUUAAGGCUUUGGCGCGCUCACAGCGGCGGUCAGCUUCGCGUAGUGAGUCUGCCCGCUCGUACAUCGCGGUUCAUCCAGGCCAUCACAUACGUCGAUGCUCGUCAGAUUUUCGUUGCCUCGGCACUUGAUGGAGCUCUGCACUUGUACGACCCAAAUCUGAAUGAACUCGCAGCUCUCUUCACCGGUCGUGGCACCGUUCUCAGCAUGGUCUUUGAUGGUCGACACAACCGAGUGCUCUGUGGGGGCGUCGACGGCUGUACAGCCUGGCAGUUCAAGCCACGACCGUCAGCAAUGCCCGAAGGAGCUCUCAACGCUCACUAUGAGUUCACUCAUCUGCCGGUAUUCUUCCAUGGCACUGCAGUGACCCAUUCGAGUCGAAAGAAACCGCUUAAGUCGCCGAAAACUUCACGGGGGCGUGCCGGUUGGGUGGAACGAUUACGACUUGGCCCGGAGAGCGUACGGCUGUACGCACAGACUAGAAACUGGAUCGACGUCUUCAACACCGUCGACGGGACUCAUCUUGAACGCUGGGACGACCUGUUCCCAUCCGACCACGGCACUUUGACAGCCUUCAUCGUGCAAGAACGCGCCAAGUAUCUCGUCUGCGGUACCAGCAGCGGCGCUAUCGUUGUGCUCUCGCUCCACCCCAACUCGAUCGUCCACGUCUUCAAGGACCAUACGCAAGCAAUCACAAGUUUGACAGAGCACACGGCGUCCCGUCUCAUAAUCUCGAGCUCCCUCGAUGGUUCUGUGCGACUGUGGGACCUCGAGGCGCGCCGUCAAGCUCACCGUCUCAACGUUGGCCACAGCGUGUAUGCGUUGCAGCUGCUCGCCCCAGCGAGUUCUCGCACAACUGAGGCAGAACUGGCCGAUCGAUUCUGCUGUCAGCUUCGUAAUACAAUUAAGAUCUACAACAUCCAGUCCAUUCUAAAAGAACACCAGCCGUGCCAAGUGCCCGUCUGUAUAUUACAGCGUGUAGUGUCCCCCGUGAAAGGCCUGAGUAAAGGUCGUCUUGAAAGUGAAGUCACUGAGAAAAACAAGGGUAGAAGAAGUUCAUACUCAGAUGAAGAAGAAGAGGGAGAUUCGGCAGCAAAAACCAAGCAGCUUGUCCUUGUAGUCUGUAUGGAUAAAACGAUCCGCGUGUUCGCAGGUCGUAUGCAAAACGAAGCGCCCAGCUUCGCGUGGAUUCCCGACGAACAGGCUUUGGAUCUUGUAGCUGUCGCUCUUCAUCCAGUUUCGCAACAUUUGUUUCUCUUACUAAGCAGCCAAAAGCUGCUUAUUGUAAAUGCAUCUCCUCGUCCACACAACCGAAAGUCUACAGACGACGAUGGCAACAACGACGAAAUCGAAUCGCAAGACGGUGCAGAAGCCACGACCAGCAGCGUGGAACGCGUGAUUGAUCUCAACUCAUCGAUGAUCGCCAGGGAACCAGGCGGAAGUAGUGCACGAAGCCCCCUGGAUGACAACACCGAAACACCCGAGAGCUUUAACAACUUUUCAGGUGGUCAAGGCAAUGCCAACACCGGCACAGCUCUGCGUUGUAUUUGCGUGUGUCCAUUCCCGCCAAUUUUUAAUGCGGUUCGUCCGCAAGCGAGAACCGGGAGAUCAGCACGACACCGCCGGCAGUCCCACUUUGGUUCAGGGACUACGGUACCACCCGUACCUCCACUUCUACGUCGCAAUUGUUUAAUUCAGUCCGAGUGGGAGUGGAUAGCGUGCGGCAGUGACUUCGGUCAGCUACUUUUCUGGCAUACAGGUUUGCGUGGAGGACGUGACGCUGCGCUAACGCUAGAUGCGCAUGACACUUCUAUUGUGGAUAUUAGUGCUAGUGCUUCAUCUCCUUUGCUAGUAACAUUGGAUACUGUGGGUCGAGUGCAACUCUGGAGUCUCCAGCCAGAGUUUGCGCUGCGUCAUGUGCUCGAACUCGGUCAGAAACCGACGAUAUUCGCGCUAUCGCCACUGUCCGAGAUUAUUUUAACCGGGUACGAUGAUGGUCGCGUCGUUUUGCACGCAGUUGGCUACCAAGCUGCAGGUGUUGAAGCGUUUAUGGGUACAGACGACCACCACAAUACAACUGUGAGCGCCGGUGACUUUCUGGAUGAAAAGUUCCUGGUUUUGACCGUCAGUGUCGACGCUAUUGUCAAAGUCUGGGACCAACAGCGAAAUCUCCUUCGCCAAGUCACAUUAGCCACCGCAGUCAGCAGUCUCUCUUUCCUCAAUGCGAAUGGCGAUUUGUUGGCUGGGCUCGCAAAAGGAACCUUCUUUAUAUCGAGGCGCGAUAUUUUACCUGAAAAAAUACCGAAGCCACCGCUGCGACGACGGAUUCAAGGCACUACACAAGAUGCAAAGAUUGAAGUAAGCGAUCAAGUUGAAAGUGCUGUAAGCACACCAACACUCCUGUCCGUACCUUCGAAUCAGCAAAUUGCAACGAUGGAGGAUUUCACGCUUGAAUUACCGUCGCAACAGAAGAUAAUAUUGCCGUUCAGACCCCCGGACCCCGAAACGUCGGCGAAACAACUUCUGGCACAUGUCAUCCAGCGACCCAUUGAAGCCGCGAAUCGACCGCCUGUGUUGCGUAGCCUCAAUUCUCUAGGAAGAGUAUCUUCAAGCCGUCGAGGCGACUUCAGCAAUACCACUUCGGAACGUCAGACCACUGUCUCCGUACCAGAAACUCAUGCGAGCUCCGCUGCGAGGACUGUCGUACCGACGAAAGAGAUGUCAGAUUCCUGCAGCACCAUUGGUACUCCAGACACUCGGCCCGAGCCCACGAACGUCACUUACAAAAAGCCGGCCUUCUAA